CCCCCAAAAUUCUUACAAUUCUUCCCCAAAAUCGAAAGCUCACUCGAUACGGCGGAGAGACGGCGGAGAGUGAGAGAGAAGCCAUAGCCAUGUCAGAUCGCUCUCCCUCCCCACCGCAGCAAAACCCCCUUCAAUCCGACGCCGUAUCCGGAGAAGAAGAAACCCCAAUUCAACCCGACCCGGCGGUUUCCGUCCGCGAUCCAACCGAGGAUCACAGCGCCGGCGAAGAGGAAGACGACGACGAAGAGGGAGAAGAAGCCGAUUCAUCGAUGGAUCUCCGCAUUGAGCCCCCAAUCGCUGACCUCCACGUGUCCGCCGCCCUCGCCUCCCCCGCCGCCCGGCGAGGAAGCUUCAAGCGGAAGAAGGGUAAGGCCAAAGGUAAGGGGAAACCCAACGCUAGGAGAUUGCAAGUGAUUAAUGAGAAAUUGCAGAAUUUGAGGUCGAAUUUGAGACCCGUCCCCUUUAUCCCUAGCAAAAUCAUCGAUUUCGGCGUUCACGAUAGGGUUUUGAAGAAGUUAGGGCUUUUGGAUUUCGCCCGAAUUGAAUUCGAUAGGACUGUUAGGGUUGACUUAAUUGCGGAGCUGAUCGCGAAUUACAACCAUAAAUCGCGGAGUAGCUGCGUUAAUGGGUGGAGUGUGAAGGUGAAUCGGGCGGAUUUGGCGCGGGCGCUGCGGCUGAAGAGGGAUAAGGGGAAUGUGGAGGUGGAUUUGGAUGGGGAGGAUUGGGGAGCUGAUGCGGUGGGGUUUGUGGUGGGGUUUGUGGAGGAUUGGUUGCUUUUGCACGAGGAUAUGUGGAUGAUGCCGAACGAAGUGAUGAAUUGGAUGAAAUCGAUUCGGGAUGGGCAUCCGGAGAAGGUGGAUUGGGCGGGGAUGCUUUGGUUUAUGGUGGAGAAGGAGCUGAGGCAAGGGGGUGGGUUGAGGGAUUGUUUCUACGCGUCGCAUCUGCAGUACUUGAUUAGGCAUCAGCGCCCGGAGGUUUUCUUGGUGGAGGAUCCCGGGAAUGGUGAAGGGGAUUCGGUUGCGGAGGUUAUGGUUGUGGAUGAUGGGGAUGAUGAGGUGGCUGUGAAGGAGAGUGAUGUUGUUGAGAGCGUCGGGGAUGGGAGGGAUGAUGAGGUGACUGUGAAGGAGAGUGAUGUUGUUGAGAGCGUCGGGGAUGGGAGGGAUGAUGAGGUGGCUGUGAAGGAGAGUGAUGUUGUUGAGAGCGUCAGGGAUGGGAGGGAUGAUUCGGUCGUGGAAGGGCCGAGCACUAAGCUGACGCUUGGACAGGAUAGUGAGAAAGAGGAGGAGGAAGAAGAAGUGAAGGAGGUUGAAAUGAUGGAUGCUGAGAAAUACGAGGAAAGUGAUGCGGAGGAGGGAGGGGAUAAGCAUGAGCACGAACAUGAGCAUGAACACGAGCACGGACAUGAGCAUGAGCAUGAGCAUGAGCACGUGCACGAACAUGAGCAAGAGCAUGAACAAGAGCAAGAGCAGAGGGAGUGGCUGUUGGAUGGGAAGAACGAUCGGGGGGAGCUUUUCUUGCAGCGCUGUACUGCAGAAAACGAAAGCACUGAGGAAUUUGGUGGUUUUGGGGGUAGGAAAGACGAGGAAGAAGAAGAAGAGAUGGAUGGGGAGGAAGACGAGGAAGAAGAAGAGGAAGAAGACAUGGAUGGCGACGAAGAAGGGGAUGAUUUUCAUCAUGUUUUCAACAGUGAUUCUCUGGAUGGGGACGGGUUUACUGGGAAUUUCAUUCAAGGAAUCGAGUCGAACCAGAUUGGCUUCACUUCGCUGGAGCAACACCUUCCUAAUGCAUCCACAGUGGGUGUUAGGGCUGAUGUGCAGCAGCAUAUAGCCUCCGCGCCGUCGUUCUUCAACAACUCGGGAAAGAGGGUGAUCGAGCACGACUACGACCACGGUGUCAACGACAUCAGCAAGCGAUUGAGGAUCAACGAGCCAGCAGAUUUCGGAAUGUGCAUGGAGCAAAUCCAGCAAAUGGCCCAGAGAGCUCGGAUGCUGUACGAGGAACGGGAACAGGCUGCAGAGCAGUCGGGGAUGAACCAACAGAUCCUGAUGAACGAGUUACAGAAACGGGAUGCUAUGAUUGAACAUCUUCACAAGGUCAGAGUGGACGAGAUGCAGAAAAAGGAUUUUGAAAUCAAUCGCCUUGAACGCGAGCUGUACCUGAUAGGGAGCGUGCUGAGCGGUUACAGGAAGGCGUUGAAGGAAGUCAAGAAGUCGUUUGCAGAAUACAAGGAACGGGCGCAGCUUCCUGAGGAGUCGACUUACAAGGACGCUGGGCCCGGGGGUCUGAUGCUGACUGCCGCGGAGAUGGAGAGGCAGCGCAAGAAAAGGGAGGAGGAAUUCAGGGUGAACUGCUUGAUCGUUGAACAGAAGGCGAGGGAAGUGGAAGAGGAAUACAGCGCCCGGUUUGAUGGAUUUGUCGACAGGAUCAAUCUUUUCGAUAGGAGGUUGAUCAGUCUCGAGGAAGAUGCUAAAGAGCUCGUUGCUUCCUAUUCUUCGAAGAAAAAAAUCCCAGAAGCCGAGGAGGGAGAGCACGAAGCUCCUGAAACUCAACUACCCGCGGAGGAACCUAAGGAAGCUGUUGCAGUGGCGGAGCCUGAGGAAGCUGUUGCGGUGGCAGAAGAAGUUCCCAGGCCUCCUCAAGAGACGGAGGCGGACGAAGAAAUGGCUGAAGCUGAAGACGAUAUAGCAAUUCCACAAAGUGAAGAAGGGAAAGAUGAAAAAAUUGUUGAAGCUGCAGAAGAAACUCUACCAAUUGAGUGAUUGUUAUUCCUCACUUUUGAUCUAGGAGAAGUUUAGGACUACUUGUUGGUUUAACUUUUUAAUGUGAACAUUUCUUCUAGGAUGUGUUAUGUUUUGGAGUUUAAUCGAAAAUUAUGAUCAGUUUUAUAGUA